GAGGGAAGAUCCAUAACUGAAUGAUAUAGCAAUGGGUUUGAAAAUUGGAGGGAGAAUUGAAAAAGUGAACGGCAGAGAACUAACUUACAGUGAGUUCGCCGAGAGAUAUAUGUCCCAAAACCAACCUGUGGUUCUUACAGGACUUAUGGACGAUUGGAGGGCUUGCAAAGAUUGGGUUUCACCUAAUGGAAAACCCAAUCUUCACUUUUUCUCUACCCAUUUUGGGAAAUCUGAAGUUCAGGUUUUUGGGUUUGUGGUCAAUUACUGGUGAUUUGCAGGUUGCAGAUUGUGGGACUAGAGAGUUCACUGAUCAGAAGAGAAUAGAAAUGACUGUUUCUGAAUUUGUUGAUCAUUGGCUUCGUGAUUGUGCUGGUGGUGGCGGGUCUUUAUUGUAUUUGAAGGACUGGCAUUUUGUAAAGGAAUAUCCAGAGUAUAUUGCAUACAGAACUCCCAUGGACUUUUCAGAUGACUGGCUGAAUUUCUAUCUUGACAAAUUUCGUAUGCAUAAUGAUCCUGAUACAUAUAGUGAGAGAAAUGAAAUAAGUUGCUCUGACUAUCGUUUUGUAUACAUGGGAUCAAAAGGUCUGACCAUUGUCGUGGUAAUUUCUUUCUUUUUUUUAACUUUUGAAAUGGAUGUAGGAACAUGGACACCUCUUCAUGCCGAUGUAUUCAGGUCAUACAGUUGGUCUGCAAAUGUCUGUGGAAAAAAACAGUGGUAUUUUCUGCCUCCAAGUCAACAUCACUUGGUUUUUGACAGGAAUAUGAAAAGUUCCGUAUAUGACAUCUUUGCUGACGUUUCUCAAUCAAAAUUUCCUGGAUUUGAAAAGGCUAUCUGGUGGGAGUGCACCCAAGAGGAAAAUGAAGUAAUCUUCGUUCCCAGUGGAUGGUAUCAUCAAGUUCAUAAUCUGGAGGAUACCAUAUCCAUAAAUCAUAACUGGUUCAAUGGAUAUAAUUUAUCUUGGGUGUGGGAUUUGCUUUUAAAAGAUUACAAUGAGGCUAGUGAAUACAUUGAAGACCUCAAGGGAUGCAAUGACUUUGAGGAGCUUUGCCAACGAAAUCUUGCCGCUAAUACAGGCAUGAAUUUCUACGACUUCUUCAUCUUCAUUGUGCGCUUUGCCUUUGGAAAUGUAGUCCUACUACAUACAUUUGCCAAGGUAAAGAACGAAACAAAUCGGAAACCAUCAAAAGCACUGCAGCAUAUAUGUUUUAACCUCGAAUCAAUAAGAAGUACCGCUGUGAAAAUGAAACCCAUAAAUACAGGGGACAGACAAGGUGUUUUACUUGACUUGAGGAAAAACUUGGAGGAUCACUCGUUUAUAGAGCUCUGUGCAGCUGUUGGAAAAACAUAUGAACUGAUAUAUGACACAGAUGAGAUGACCCCCACAUUAUUGCAGUGUACAGACUUGAUGUGUACUAGUUUUGUUAGAUCUCAAGUUCAGAGUUCUGAAGACCUAGUUGCCUUUAUCGAUGAUGCUUUGACAAAAUUAGGUGGUGCUUUUUCUCGUUAGGAAUAUCUGUAUACAUA